UGAAAAUGUAACAUCACUUCUUAAGAGCUUGACUCCAGCUCAACUAUCUAUCUGCAAAACAGACCUGAUGAACAUACUCGAGUUUCUGCAUCUCCUGACAAACAAAGAUGGUGGGAAUUCUGAAUAUCCUUGUCAUUGCCUGUUUGCUGCAAGGUGCCCUGUGUGGAGAGUUUAAGGUCAUAAUACCACAGACUAUAGAGGUUGUUAGUGGAUCCUGUGUGACCAUCCCCUGCUCCUUUGACGUGACAGACCAGUGUGUAUCAAAGCUAGAUAAGACAUGUAAAGCACUAUGGAAAAAAGGUGGAGUUACUGUGUUUGAUAGCAGCCAGACACAAACAACUACAAACAACGGACAACUGACAGGAGACUUGACCAAAAAAGACUGCACCACAACCCUGAACAACAUACAACCUGUUGACAACAACAAAAAAUAUACCUUCAGGCUGGAAUGCAGAGGCCUGAGAUAUGAAUUUUCAGAACAAAUCUCUUUUUCAGUCAGAGCUGAUCCACCCAGACCGACUCUGACUCCGUCCACACUGGAGGUGAAGGAGGGAACCCCAGUGAGUUUGACGUGCUCUGCUCCAGCUCCCUGUCUGUGUCAUCCUCCAAAUCUGACAUGGACCCCCGGCCUGGGUGACAGUCAGGAGACACUGCAGGAGAAUCAGGACAAAACUAAAGUCCAGACCUCUGUUGUCAACUUCACUGCUUCUCACCUCCAUCAUGGAAAGACAAUCUCCUGUACUGCCACCUACAACAAACAAGAUGGCAGCACUGGGUCAGCUGUUAGCACAAGUUUAACAGCUGACAUUUCAUUUGCUCCAGAGAUCCUGCCCUCUUCUAACUGCACCAAAGCUGGAGCCCAGCUUAACUGUUCCUGUGAGACUGUGGGAAACCCUUCUCCCACUUUAAUGUGGUAUUUGGACGGGUCACCUGUCAAUAACUCAGACAAUUUGACCAUCACCUAUGAGCCUCCAAAUGACACGGGCCUGAGGAGCAUCAUCACUGUGAACCAACCACAGAAGAGAGGAUCUUUCCACUUUGCUCUGCCGCACCUCUAACUCUCUGGGAUCUGCUACUCACCACUUUUGUGCCUACUGCCUCAAGCCUCAAUCAUCUGCGGAACGUCAAGAAUGUCCAGGUGGAGUUACGUUUCCAGUCUUCAUCAUCGCUGUUGGUGUUUUAUCAGCAGCGCUAUUCUGUGCUCUUCUGUUUGCUAUCAGAGCUCGGGGGACUGGCUGCCGUACUCCUAAAAAGAGUCAGAGCACAGGUGACACCAGCCCAGCUGUGAUGAGUCAAGGCCUGACAACUGAAAAUGGAAAUAAGGUGUCCUGCACAUCAGAAGAGGAUAUUUAUGCCAACACCAAUAUGAUGAAAAAGUCAGAUAUGCCAAACGCUCAUCUAGCACAUCAACAGGUUGCCAGUAAAAGCUCAGACAAGACGAAUGAGGCAAACAGCGAUGUGGUUUACUCUAGUGUGAUCUGGAAGAGCAAGGAGAAGAAGGGAGAAUGCUCUGGAGGCACGGGCCCGUCUGGUAGCUCAUAUCUGGAAGAGGAGAGGUGCAUGGAGGGAGGCAUGCGCACAAAUUAUGUGAGCAAUGCAGUGGAGAUGGAGAGUCUAUAUGACAACACUAGAAAAGAUGUAAAGGAGGCUGUGUAUAGUGAAUAUGCCCAGGUUCAUUUUAGAGACACAAAUGUGAUGUAAUGCAUGUGCCAUUACUACAGCUGUUUUUACUGCGGCAUUGCUACAUUGUAUUUUAUAUUAUUGGCUAUUAUUUAUUCAGUAGAAGUUUAUCAUGCAGUAGUAUUAUCUUCUCAAUGCAGAUUUAGCCAGUUUAAAGAGUUGUCAGUUAAAGGAACAGUGUGUUAGAUAAAAAAGGGAUUUAGUAGCAUCUAGUGGUGAAGAUUGCACCUUGCAACCAGCUGAAAUUUCUCCUGGUUAUUUAUUUUUAAUUUUAAUUGUUCAGGAGGUUUUUACAAGGAGCCAAAUUAUCCGGAGAGGUCUCUUCCUCUCCAAAACAAUCGGUCCAGGUGAUUUAAAUCGAUUAAAACCCUGACUAAAACAGUUUCAUGUGACAAAUCAGUGUUUCUCCAGCAAUGGGCGGCAUAUUGCAGAUGGGCUGCUCGCCCAGCACCUGCUAAUGUGUGUUCAGUGUCCCCGUUUUUCUCUGAUAACUUAAUGUGUGCUCACCUUAUUUGUGAUCCAGAUGUUCAGGAGGUUUUUACUGUGAAUCGAGUUGUGCACAGAGGUCUCCUCUUGUCCAAUACAAAUGGACCUGGUGAUUUAAACCAGUAAACACAUUGAAUAAAGAAGUUUCAUGUUACAAAUCAGUGUUUCUCUGAUGCUGUUCGGCUCACAAGGGAUUGACCAACUUUUUCUCUGAUAACUAAAGAUCUAUAUGUUCAGGAGGUUUUACCAGGAGCCAAAUUAUCCAGAGGUCUCUUGCUCUCAAAAAACAGUGUGAUUUAAACUGCUCAAAACAUUUAAUAAAAUGCUUUCACAUUAAAAAAAGAUUUGUGUUUUUCCUUUUUCGUCGCAGAAUGACUGCUAACUGCAGUGGCUGACACAAAACUGGGAAUGGCUGCCAUUCCCAGUUUUGAGUCUAUGUAGUUUUCCAUUUUUGUCAAUAUAUCAUCCUAAACUCUGCAGACUGGACCUUUAAACGAAAAUGAAAAUCACUCGCCAAGUAACCUCACCUGACACUCCUUUGAGAGGUUACUGCCUCCACAGAGAGGGAAAGGAAACACAGUUGCCUCAGCAAAGACACCUCUCUGAAGUUACUGACCGACGACGUGGAUAAACAAUCGCCUGCUCAGUGUUGCAACCUAUGAACAGGCUGCCAUCUAGUGUAAGUUACUGAUCAUUUCUUCCUUUGUCAACACACUAGGAAAUGAUCUCACAGGGGGGUCAAACAGGUCUCUGGAUUACUGCAAACUUUGUGCAGUCAGUGCCAGGAGAGGUACAGGAAGGAGACUGGAAGUGAAGAAGCUGCAGACAUAGUGAGAGUUGGCUCAGUCGUCCACAGAUCUGAUUGGAGAAAAAUCACCACAAGUUAUGCAGCUUUUUUUUCUGCGCGGCAUACGCAACCCCGCUUACAGAAACAAUCUGCUACUGCCAAAACCAAAUACAUGAAUUGUAGUAGCUGCAAAAAUAAAGUUUCAAUUCUUGU